AUGGCCAGGGGCUUUGACAGUCCCGCCAUUGAACCAGCAGUCUGGCCUAUCCCGCAAAUGGACCCUCUCGUUGGUAUCGACUGGAAUCAGGUCUUUCGACGCCUUCCCCGCGAAGAAUUAUGGCGUGCCCGCCUUGCGUGGGAUGAUGUUUGGUCUUUAACCUCUUUCUCCGAUCCUCUCCACUCUGCCUCCGCACCACCCCUGUCCCACCAGGCACAGGAUACCAGCAUCCGGGGUACUUCCGCGUAUAGUGGCGAGACAGCGCUCCCAGACCUCAUUCGUUCCCAAUAUUCACGAUCUGUCAGCGUCGUAGAUUCGAAAUCUGGAUCAAACGGACCCGCUUCGCAUACCUUCAGCCCGCCUGCCCAUCCUCAUGCUUUCCCAAGCUCCGCAAAUACACCGCAGGCCGCUCCUGAAAGUGCAGCGCGUUCUGGUAGGCGCAAUUCCGCUAUUUUUCGGAAUGUUUGCCAAAAGUACUUCUGUCCACACUCAUACCUUCACGAGGGAAAGACUAUUCGCUUCAUUAAUAAACAUGACUGGAAGCGGCACGACAAGGAUUUCCAUGAGACAGGUGAAGAAUAUACCUGCCCAGUUUCCGAUUGUACAUCUGUAUUUUCACGCCCACAUGAUUUGAAAGCCCAUUGUUCCAGAACGCAUCGUAUUAAAGAUCCGGCAAUCAUGUCUCCCAGAGUGUUACCGGCAAAGCUAUACUACGCCUGUGGAUUCGAAGACUGCACCAAGCGCACCACGAAUUGGAAAGAUUGGUGUGAUCACGUCGCUAGAUGCAUGAAAGAAGGAGGCAAGGAGUGGAGUUAUAACCACCAAAUGCUCAACCUCUUGGGACAGCCAGAUGUCGCACCGGCAUGGUUAGAGGUGGUGUCGAUUGGAUACUCCAACUAUGACGUUUCUCCCCAUCAGCUUACUUGGGACCCGGAGACUACGCGAGGACACAAGGAAAUGCUGGAGUGUCAGACUUACGGAAACGAUCUAAAAGGCUUUCUCCAGCGGCUGUGGUGGUUAGGAAAGGUAUCUAAUACAGCCCCUCGUGGUUUUCCUUCCACUGUCACGGCAAAUGCGUUCGAUAUACCCUUGGCCCCUCGUGCUCUUGGUGCCCAGGACGACAUGAACGGCAAUGACAAUGGCAACGAACAGUUCAACUUGGCUCCGGCAACACGCCCCCGCGGAUUCUCCAGUCAAACGCCGAGUGAACAUGAAUUCUUUCAGUCGUUCAGUGAUGGUAGCGUCAAUAACAACCUGGACAUUACGAACAAUCGAACGAGUGUCGCCAUGCCCGACGCGCCCCCAUUAGUGACGGCGGAUGAUCUCAUCGAAUAUGGUCGCUUCCCAAUGCCUGACGAUGCGGGUAUGACUGCACAGGAUGUUCUGCUUGGCGAACCACACUUUCCAACACCGCCGUUGCCCUACUUGGAUGAGUCGAUGAGCUCCUCUUCACCAACGGGGCAAUCUGAAUCGUCUCCCAAGCGUCGCAGCCUUGUUCGCCUAAGCAAAGGCUUAUUCAAUCAUCACUUCAGGUCAGAGCAGCUCCCUGCUUCGCCAAUGCCAGAGCCUUCCCAGCUUGCUCCGCCUGCAUCGAUGGCCUAUGGGUCAUCACCCCGGCGUUCGAACUACGAAGUUUGGUCCUACGCAGCGCAUCACUUCUAG